AGUAAGCACGUCUUUGAAGGACGAAAUAAAAAACGAACCACAGAAAGACGGAAGCGAGCGUCGUAUUAUCGCUUGUAUUUAUGAGUAAAUAAUACGCGUUUAAUUCGAUCAACCAUGAAUCAGGAGCAGUAUCCGCGAUCAUCCAUUGAGGAUGAUUUUAAUUAUGGCACGAACGUCGCGACGGCGAGCGUCCACAUCCGGAUGGAUUUCCUCCGCAAGGUCUACACCAUCCUGUCAUUGCAAAUUAUCAUCACCACUGCUGUAUCUGCCCUUUUCAUGCUCUGUAACCCCAUUAAAAACUUUGUGCACGAAAGUCCCUCUCUGGUGUUGAUAUCUGCUAUCGGUUCCCUUAUCCUGCUCCUUGCCUUGGCUGUGUACCGUCACCAGCACCCCAUUAAUCUUUAUUUGCUGUUUGGGUUUACUUUGCUGGAGUCUCUGUCUGUAGCCACUGCGGUGACAUUUUAUGAGUACACCAUAGUGCUCCAGGCCUUUGUGCUCACGUCUGCUGUGUUCCUGGGUCUCACUGCCUACACUUUCCAGUCUAAAAGAGACUUCAGCAAGCUCGGAGCCAGUCUGUUUGCUGGCCUGUGGAUCUUGAUCAUUGCAAGCUUUAUGAGGCUUUUCUUCUACAAUGACACAAUGGAGUUGGUCUUCGCUGGGGCUGGAGCUCUGCUGUUCUGCGGGUUCAUUAUUUUCGAUACCCACCUGCUGAUGCAUAAGCUGUCACCGGAGGAGCAUGUCCUGGCAUCCAUCAACCUGUACCUGGACAUAGUCAACCUGUUCAUCUAUAUCCUGCGCAUCCUCGACUCCAUGAAGAAACACUGAAUGUUGUGAUGCUCUUCUUCACUUUCAGAGUUCUUUGCAGUGUUCAGAAUUAAUGGAGUAUGUGUGCUAUUCUUCUAAUUGGGUGGGCAUUAACCGCAAACUCCUUGGAUUUUGUUUAAUUUCUGCCAUUAGUUGAGAUGAAGCUCCCCAAGACACUCCUAUUGUAUUGUAGUUUCCCCUUGUUUCCAAACCAGCUGCAUAAUUUCAACUUGCAAAGCGGUAUUUGUAAUUUAAUGGCCAAAUGUGAAUGUUACAAACAUGAUUGUACAACUUAACUUGAUCUGCUAACUGUGUUGCUGAUUAGAUUCCUGUCUUUAGUUGACUGUAGUGUGACCUGUAAUCCAUGGUGAUUUUUCAUAUUUAUUUAGGUGUUGUAGUGAAUCAGUGUUUGUGGUUUGAGAACAAACUGUACAUGAAGCCCGAGACAUUUUGUUUAAUUUGGGUUUGUAUAUGGGAUGUUAAUGAUUAACUUAAAAUAACUUAUAACAAGACAGUCUUACUAAAAGGCCUGAAUUACAUGAAAACCAUAAUGCAAACAUUUUAAAAUGUAGUUAAACGCAGUUUUUGGUGUCACAAUAUAACAUUCACUAAAUAAACAUAAUUUUAAAGUAUGCAGCAUUCAGUCAGUUUCAAAUGCA